AUGACAGGAGUUAGACUGGCAGCUCCAUUGUUCACGCAAUGGAUUGCGGCUACGCUUGCGCUGCCACAGAGCACAGACGAAGCGUUGCUGUCUUGUGGUGAGGACAGAUAUUCUGUAUCGAAGUAUACAUGUUACGACGGCGACUUCCUCUGCCCAGUCCUCAACGGCAACCCAACCUUACGAUGCGGCCCUGACUGCUACUCGCCCGAGAUGUACUCUUGCAGCGGCGACAAGCUCGUAUGCUCUCCAACGGCAUCAAACACAACGAUGCCCUCCAUGCCAUUAUGCACAGAUCAGCCCACAACGCAAUGGCUCAGCGAUCCACCUUACGAGAACUACUUCUACUCCGAUUGCCAUUCCGCGUCGCAAGUUGUGGUCACGAGUCCACUGGGAAACAGCAAUUUGACCAUCAUUGGACCGCGGCUGCUGGUCGCAUGGCCUGCAGGCAAUUCCGGCGUAGUCAGCUUCUUCAAGCCGCGCGAUGGUGAGAAUGGAACUUUGGCUAUCAGGCUGGAGAAUAGAACAUCGAAUUUCGAGCUUCAAGGCGCAUACGCUGAUCCAGCGAGCGAUUCAUUGUCGGGGUUACCGUAUGUUGGAGUCACGACUUUGGUGAAUUUCAAUUCUUCAGCGGUCUUGGCUGUGCCGAUCAUGGGUCGUAUCAGGAAUAUCAGAGACUUUACGGAAGGUCCAUCGCUCGUCUAUGCCGUGAUUCAGGAUGCCAUCGAAUGGACAGCGACCAGCGAUGGUGGCGCUCUUCUCUCGCGAAUGUGGCUCGACAAUGUCACGACUACGCAGAUGUCUUUUGUUCCAUCCGGAGGCGGCAGUGUCAUGAUCGAGAGGAACGAUCUAGGUAACAAUACCUUAGUCUUUGAGGCUGGAACGUACAACUUCACGGCGUGGUUCGACUAUCCUCAGCUUACUCAACUCAGUACGGAUGAGGUGCUGAAUGACCAGUCACAAGAUCUUAUCGAGCGCGAGGCUGACCAAGCAACGUCUUUAUUAAGCGUAGCGACCGAGCGCUAG